CAGGUCAUUUGAUUAGUGUGUUGUAACUGUUAGUUGGCAAGGCCAGUAUGUGUCUUUACAAUCUGCUUUCUGCUGUAUAUAGAAUAUGGUUGAAGAACUAAUCCUUGUAGCCACCUUACCAUCUAGUUUUUAUUUAUCAAAUCAUUGUUGAAGGGUAGUUGAAAUAACAUUAUGGUUCUCUGUAGGAGAUCCCAAUCGAAUUUGUGAGAAAAUUUGGAGUAGAUCUCCCUGAUGUUGCAGUCCUAGAGGUUCCUGAUGGCAGAGAAUGGUCUAUAGAAUUAAAAAAAAAAUUGAAGAAGCAAUUUGGUUCCACAAUGGUUGGCAGGGAUUCUUGAAGCAUUACAAUAUAUCCGCUGGUCAUUUUAUAGUUUUCAGAUAUGAUGGCAAUUCACAUUUCUUUGUUCUUAUAUUCAAUGAAAGUGCUUGUGAAAUCAAUUAUCCACAUAAUGUUGAUACUCCUGGAGAGUCCAACCUUCUGAAUAAAGGUAAGAUGCUUGAAAGUGAAAAAAGAGGAAGUGGAGUCCAGUUCAUUUUGGCAAAGAGACCUGCAUCUACAUAUGAAAUUGGAUCAACGUCUAAACCUAGAGGGCUCAGUAGAAAGAAAAGAAUGAAAAACAAAGACCAAAAGGAGAUGGAAGAGCUACCUUAUCAGUGUGAACUAAAUCAAGCAAAAAAGGACAGAAGUAAAGAAGGUGAAGACAUAUUCCAUGCGAAACAGGAUGAGCAUAUGCGCACUCCCUUAGCUGAGAAGACAAGAAGGCCAAUAACAACAGAAGAAAGAGAGAAGGCAAAACAUUUAGCUCAAAUGUUAAAAACUGAAAAGCCAUUCUUGAUAUCCUAUCUGAGAAAGGGAUUGAAUAUUCCGCUUUCAUUUGCCUGGGAACAUUUCUUAGAGGGAGCAUACAAUGUCACACUUCAGGUUCGAAAUGGGAGUACAUGGUCCGUCCAAUUCUGCUUUAACUGCAAAAUUAAAGCAUUACUAAGUGGGGAAUGGAAAAAAAUUUGUUCAAGAAAACAUGCUGGAAGAUGGAGAUUGCUGUGUCUUUGAACUCUUGAAAGUGGAAGAAAUUGAGUUGAAAGUGUCAAUUUUCUGCCUGGUUGAAAAGGAAAUCCAACCUGGAAGUUCUGUUAUGGCAAGAAGGACUAAGCCACGAAAGCCAAGAAAAGGAACUGAAAACAAAGCUACCCGAGAAACAAGAGAUUUCAAGUCUGUAAACCCUUUCUUCAAGGCUUACAUGCAUCCCUCCUAUGCUCAGGGGGAUUAAAUGACUUUGAAGAGCAGCUUUAUUAAAAGGCAUUUGGAAAAUAACUUGGAAAGUGUUAUACAUCAAGAUACAGACGGAAGGAAAUGGCCCAUCAGUUUCUAUAUGAUUAAUGGCCAAGGUAGGCCUGGUGCUGGUUGGGCUGGCUUCAUGAAGAAAAAUAAUAUAGAAGAGGGAGAUGUUUGCGUUUUCGAGCUUAUUGAGAGGGAGGGUACUGUUUUGAAGGUCUCAAUUUUCAAGAGCUAUUGAAUAUUGGUAUAACCAUGAGACCUGCCAAAUAAAAUGGCAUCUUUUAAAUGGUUGAUGUGAAAACUGUAAUUGCUUUGAAUUUUGAGUACUUGAAUCCCUUCUCUUAUUUCUUUUUCUGUUU